AUGGUCUCCAAAGGUCUGUUAGCUCUGGUGUUGGGAGGUAUUUCUUUCACUCGAGUGGAAGCCAGAGCCUGUAUCAAGCGCAGCUCCAGCCUUUCUCUCACGGACCUGCCUUCACCAACGUCUUCCAUCCUGAGUAAUCCAACCCCUAUCGUCUCUGUCUCAACUCCGGCAUCCAGCGACAUCGUCUCAACCCCUUCAACUACCGUCUCGCCGAUUUCUGAGACUACCCCGUCGACAAUUCUGGAAUCGACCCCUUCCACCUCUUUCUCUGAUCUUCCCGCGACUCCAAUUAUUACUCCCUCCACGGAUGCUUCAUCCACCACCCCGGUUGUCACUUCUUCUAUUAUCGCAUCGUCUUCUACUCCGGAAGUCACUUCUUCUACCGUCGUUUCCUCUACUAUUCCUUCGACCACUCUCGUAGCUUCGACCACAUCGGCCGCUCCUGCGUGUACUCCGAGCAACUUGGUCUCAAACCCCAGCUUCGAGCAAGGCAUCAGCCCCUGGGUCAACUUCCAAGGUGCAGUGGCUUCCUCGAGCGGAGCUGUCACCGCCAAGGACGGAAACUACUACUUCCUCGCCGCGCUUACCGGGUCCAACAAUUUCAUCUCCGUCCGCCAGGAAGUACAGAUGGAAGUAGGACAAACAUACGAUGUCAAGGCGUACUAUGGUCUGGGAGCCCAUCAGAACUUUGGCUCCUCGGGUGUCUGCAACCUUCAGCUCACAAUGAACGGCGACCUCCAGGGGUCUGUGAUCAACUUGACGCCAACGACUGUCGGACAGUGGAACCUCUUCGAGAGGACCUACGUCGCAACCGACACUGAUGUUAUCAUUCGAUACGUCUUUUCCUGCUCCGGUAUCACGAGCGUUGAUGGUCUACUAGACCUAGUCACAGUUCCUUCGACUUGCCCUACGACUCCUGCCGCUGCUACUUCAGUAGCUCCCUCUCCUUAA